UAACCCUUUCCAUGCAGCAGCAAUAUAUCCACAUUUAUAUAAUACAUACAACAUCAAAGUAACAAGUUAUCUGCAGCGAUACUUCACAGUCCAAUUCAUCUUCAUCCUCCUUUUUGGAGUCGCAUUGCAUCAAGUCAGCUCCGCCUUUACCUCGGUCUACUUGCGAGCAUCGGAACCAAGUGCCCGCCGGACAAAAGGUUCUUCCGGCGCAGGUCAAAGGCAGACACCACGUUUGGUGCCGCUCCAACCAUUUCCCGUAUCCGUACCUGCGUCGGAUAUCAGCACAAGGCUUUGCAUCUCUUCUCCAGACAUUGUCAUUUCAAUUAUCCAUGCCGCAUUCGAUCAGCACGCGUGCCGACCAUCGCAGACUAACUUGGUCUGCUCAAAUCUCCGAUGAUGUGUCAGCAGUAUAGUGCGAUGCCAUUGGUUGGAUCAGUUACACCGACAAUUCCUAGAUAACAUUGAUGUACAAAAUUCUACAAUCGCACUCGCUCCUCUUCUUCUGGUCGCCGAGCGCUCUUUCUCGGAUAGUCUCUCGUUUUUUUGCAACUUCUUCAACCAUGAAUCUCGAAACCAAGGCGCUGGCGGCGUUUGAUCGCCUUGUGCAAUCAGGAGAACUGUUGUGGAAAGAGACUGCACCCCGCCAUGUCCCAUCCUCACCUUUCAACUUUGAGUUCCGUGUGGCAGCCAGCUUAGCGAAGAAGCCCAGGACAGCACACCAGAAAAAAGUCGUGAAUGCCUUUGCCGACGACAAUCCCGACUUCAGUCUGGGUUUGAUCGGGCCUAACCAUAAGCUCAUUUUGAACAAGUUCUGUGUGGUUCGUCCGCAGUUUGUGCUUCACACGGUCGAGUUCGUGCCUCAGCAGCGAGCUUUGGAUAGCGCAGACCUAGGGUCGCUGUGGCAUGUUCUCCAAAGCCUGCAAUCCGAGCACAUUGCCAUCUUCAACUGCGGUGUUGAUGCCGGAGCGUCGGUCGGACACAAGCAUAUGCAGAUCUUGCCUCAUCCUGGAGGCUCCGACUUUCAAUUCUUUCCCGAUACAGUUCCCGCCCAAGAUGGUAAGGCGUUGAUACCCUAUGAAGCUUCAACAACAGACUUACCAACUCGGUUUCACAUAGGCAUAUACUCAGUCCCGAACAUACCAUUCCAACAUGCUGUACAGUGGUUGCCCAACGAGAUCAAUGAGAAUAUUCUCGCCAGCAUCUAUCACGACCUCCUGUCGCAUCUAACUCUCGGACAAGAGUCAGCACACAAUCUCAUCUUGGUGAAAGACUGGAUCAUGGUUAUUCCACGGAGGACUGGCUGGAUUGGAGAUUUGGGAGCAAAUGCAGCUGCAAUGAUAGGGAUGGUGUGGAUGACCUCAGAGCAAGACUAUGAAGGAUGGACGAAGCAGGACCCCAUGCUGUUGCUUCCUACUUUUGGGGUACCAGUGGAGGCCAGCUCGUCAUAA